UCCAACAGGCAGCUCGCAUCGUUCAAGAUGAAGAGCAUCCUUCUGCUAUCUUUUCUGGCCCUGGCCAUCACCAGUGGCAUCACGAAUCCUGCUCCCCAAACGUCCAAUGAUGGAACGGUAGUAGAAACAAUCGAGUACACCGAAUACACCGAGUACAGCGAUCCCGUCAUAACCACGUACGAAGAGUCCAGCUCUAGCCAGUCAUCGGGAAAUUCGGGAGGUGCCGGUGGACAAACCGUCGUAACGACCACUUCUACCAAGACUACCGGAGGACAAACCGCUUCAUCCUCGCAGACCUCAGGUGGGUCCACGUCCACCGGUAGUCAAACCGUGACAUCAACGAAGACAACCGGAGGACAGAGUUUGUCCGGUGGAGCACAGACGACAAAGUCGUCUGGAAGCCAGACUGUCGUAACAACUUCGACUAAGACCACGGGAGGACAAGCUUCCUCCUCCUCGUCUGGAGCUGCGAAAACCAGCGGUGGACGUACCGUUGUUAAGAGGACUUCAACGAAAACCGUCGGAGGACAGACGUCUACCACCGGAUUUCAAACUUCUUCGAAAACAACUACUGGAGGACAGUCUGCAUCUUCUGCAGGAUCAUCGGGAAGCAAAACGGUUACAACUACCACCUCGACACAGACCACAGGAGGUCAGUCCUCUUCCAGCGGUAGCCAGGCCUCGUCGGGAGCAGCUAAAUCAACUGGAACUCAAACCGUAACUACUACUGCCACGAAGACAACUGGAGGGCAAGCCGCAUCCUCUGGAACUAAGACAUCGGAGAGCAAAUCCUCCACUUCCACUUCCUCGAAGACAACAGAAGAAAAGAAAACUUCUGGAUCAGCGUCUUCCACCGCUGGAUCUACCGGAAGCCGAACCACCACAACCACCUCGACGAAGACAACUGGCGGACAAUCUUCUGGAGCGCAAGCUGCGAAGGCAACCGGAAGUCAAACCGUUACAACAACUACGCAGUCGAGGACAACAGGAACACAAUCGUCCUCGAAAACUUCCGAAGGAGAGAAAUCCAACAACGGCCGCACCGUUGUCAAGACUACUUCUACUAAGACUAAUGAAGGAGGUCAAGCGAAGACAGCUGGAAGCCAGAAUGUUGUCAAAACUACUUCCACCAAGACCACCACCACCCAAACUUCUUCGCAGCAAUCUGGAGGAGCGAAGUCCAACAACGGACACACCGUUGUAAAGUCCACCUCGACUAAAACCACUGGGGCUCAAAAGAAGUCUACGGGAAGCCAAGAUGUUGUCAAGACAACUUCGACCACCACAACUGGAGGACAAAGCACUUCCUCUGGAGCUCAAACUAAGUCAGCUGGAAGCCAAAAGGUAGUCAAGACCACCUCGACAAAGACAACCGGGGGACAGACCACGUCCACUGGAAGCCAAACGGCAUCGCAGAAAUCUGGAGGAAGCACCGUUGUCAAGACUACUUCGACGAAGACAACUGGAGGACAAAGCACCGGAGCUCAACCAAAGUCGACUGGAAGCCAACAGGUUGUCAAGACUACCUCGACUAAAACCACUGGAGGUAAAACCACGUCCAGCCAAAUGACUUCACAGAAGUCGGGAGGAGUCAAAACUACUGGAGGAAGCACCGUCGUCAAGACUACCUCGACAAAGACAACUGGAGGACAAAGCACCGGAGCUCAAACGAAGUCAACUGGAAGCCAAAAGGUUGUCAAGACGACUUCGACAAAGACAACCGGAGGACAAACCACGUCAACUGGAAGCCAAACGACCUCGACAACCGGAACUGGAGCUCAAACAAAGUCUACCGGAAGUCAGAAUGUCGUUAAGACCACUUCGACGAAGACAACUGUUGGAAAAGCCACAUCGGGUAGCCAAACUGCACCAAUUUCUGUUGGAGUAAUGUCUGCCGAUGGAAAAUGUAUCUGCACGGGAUCCCAAACUACCGAUCAAACUGUAACCUUGACGACCUUGACUAAGACAUCUGGAGGUCAGACCAAAUCUGCGUCUGGAAGCCAAACUGUUGCCAAGACAACCUCUACAAAAACAACUGGAGGGCAGACGACUGGAACUAAGACUUCCUCAGGAUCAAAGACGUCCGGAAGCCAAACUGUUGUCAAGACAACCUCAUCGAAGACAACAGGAGGACAGACGGCUGGAACCAAGACUUCCUCAGGAUCAAAGACGUCUGGAAGUCAAACUGUGGCCAAGACAACCUCAACAAAGACAACUGGAGGGCAGACCACUGAAACCAAAACUUCUUCUGGAUCAAAGUCGACUGGAAGCCAAACCGUUGUUAAGACAACCUCGUCGAAGACAACUGGAGGACAGACUACUGCCACAAAGACGUCUGGAAGUCAAUCCAUUGUAAAGACGACUUCAACAAAGUCAACUGGAGGACAGACGACUGGAACCAAGACUUCCUCGGGAUCAAAGACGUCUGGAAGUCAAACCGUUGUCAAGACAACCUCAUCGAAGACAACAGGAGGACAGACGGCUGGAACCAAGACUUCUUCAGGAUCGAAGACGUCCGGAAGCCAAACUGUUACCAAGACAACCUCAACACAGUCAACUGGAGGUCAGGCUACUGGAACUAAGAAUUCCUCAGGAACUAAGACAUCCGGUAGUCAAACCGUUGUUAAGACAACCUCAACACAGACAACUGGAGGACAGGUCACAUCAACUGCAUCAAAGUCAUCAGGCAGUAAAACCGCGUCCAAGACAACUUUAAUUAAGUCUUCCGGAGGACAGACCACUGGAGCUAAGACAUCCGUAUCCACUCAGACAACUGGAGGCCAAUCAUCGGUAGGAACACAAACUUCCAAAGUUUCAUCAAACCAGAAAAGGCAAGUUGUCGUCAGGAAGGUCAGGAAGAAGAAGUGUAAGAAGCAUGGAUCCCAUGAAGGUUACGGACACGUUUCUAAGAGCAGUCACAAAUUUUCAGCGAAAUCCCAAGGAAGAAAGCACUCGGGAGAAAAACACGGCAGAAGACACGCCAAGGGCAGAAAACAGCACGGAAAGCAGCAGUUCGGAGGAAGCAGCGAAGAGAUCGAGCAAUUCGAGACUAGUAACGUGCAGCAGCGUCAGACUUCCGGUGGAAUGAGAACUACCAACGUGCGUUCGCAGGGAAGACGCGAGGAACAUCACGGAGGAAAACACGGCAAAUCUUCGCAAUCGUUCACGUCGGGAGCCAGGAAACUCGUAAAGGGAGGAAAACGUGAGGAAAACUACGGUGGAAGUCACGAGUCUGCUUCGGGGAGCUUUGCCCUCAAACAGUCUUCUCAGGGAAGCCGCGUGGUCAAGAAAUCUUCCGCAGGAAUGAGAAAAUCCGAAGGAGGAAGUCAUGAGUCCCGUUCCAUGAAGCAGUCUUCUGGAGGAAUGAAGAUCGUUCGCGCUUCAGGAGGUUCAGCUUCCCAGAGUGGCCAGGCGUUCGCGCAAAAAUCCGGAGGAAAGCGAUCUUCCGGAAGUCAAACCGUGGUAGUGAGCCAGUCGUCCGGAGGAAGUGCUGCGUCGAUGGGAGGAAUGCGGUCAUCUGGAUCGCAAACCGUCACCAAGACAUCGUCUUCGUCUUCCAAGAUGGCCGGUGGAAACAGCGCAUCGUCAGGAGCGCAGUCCUCCAGCCAAUCCAAUGGAGGAGACACUUAUGAAACUUAUGAAACCUUCGAAGAGACGGUUUACACAUCAGAGUAAUAAGGUUAGGAAGAACAUUCUAACUGUUACUACAUGAUUUAAUCGUUCUGUUAUUUUCUUAUGAAUAAAUAAAGUUUUUCUUUUGCAACU